AUGCAAAGAGUCUCUUCAUCUACUCCUUCAUCUGCACGUUCUUCCUCUAAUUAUGUUUCUAAGGGUUGGAAAUAUGAUGUCUUUCUAAGCUUCAGAGGAAAAGACACUCGAAAGAGUUUCACAGAUCAUCGUUAUAAUUAUUUGAAGCAAAAAGGAAUUAAAGUAUUUAUUGAUGAUGAGAAACUUAAGAGAGGAAAAAGCAUUUCAAGAGAACUGUAUCAAGCAAUUGAGGAAUCAAGGAUGUCAAUUGUUGUUUUCUCAAGAAACUAUGCCUCUUCUACUUGGUGCUUGGAUAAAGUUGUUAAGAUUGUUCAAUGUGGAGAAGAAAUAGGACAAACCAUCAUUCCGAUUUUCUAUGAUGUAGAUCCAUCAACGGUAAGGAACCAAAAGAGAAACUUUCAAAAAGCAUUUUCUAAACAUGAAGAGACUUUCAAGAAGAAUAUGGAAAAAGUGCAAAGGUGGAGGGCUGCUUUGAGAAAGGUGGUUGAUAUUUCUGGAUGGGAUUUGAAGGAUAGGCAUGAAUCAGACUUUAUUAAAGAAAUUGUCACAAACAUAUCAAGUAAAUUAAGUCUUCCAACAUGUAUGGAUCUUAACGACUUGGUAAGUAUAAAUUCAUAUUUGGAGAAAAUGAAGAUGCUUAUCGAUGUAAAGUCUAAUGAUGUCCGCAUGAUAGGGGUUUGGGGAAUGGGCGGAAUAGGCAAGACAACAAUUGCAAGAGUUGUUUAUGAUUCAAUAUUAGGUGAAUUUGAAGGAAGGUGUUUUCUUGCUAAUGUUAGAGAAGUUUCAGAACAAAGAGAUGGUUUGGUUUCUCUACAAAAGCAACUUCUUUCAGAAAUCCUAAUGGAAGGCGAUAUUCACAUAUACAAUUUCUAUGAUGGAAUCAGUUUGAUAAAAAAUAGAAUGGCUUGUAAAAAGGUUCUUAUUAUUCUAGAUGAUGUGGUUAAUGGGGAACAAUUAAAGAAAUUAGUUGGAAGUCGUGAUUGGUUUGGCUUAGGUAGUAAGAUCAUAAUAACCACAAGAGAUGAACAUUUGUUGAAAUCACACGGGGUAGAUGAAGAGCAUGUAUACAAGGUUGAGGAACUAAAUCAUGAUCAUAGUAUCCAACUCCUUAGUUUGAAGGCCUUUAGAAAUGUUAUAACCACACACACAGAGAAUCAACCAACCACAAAUUCACACAACCAAGAAUCACAACCACACACACAAGAACACAAAGAAUUUACCGUGGUUCACUUGCUCAAUCUGAGCAAACUAUGUCCACAUUGA